AUGGCUUCCCACAGUUCAUGUCCUCCUGCUGAUGACCGCGACGAAACGACACCUCUUCUGAUCAACGCCUGUAACGCUGAAGCGCAAAGUCCUUCCAGGCGUGUCACUCCGCUACCAAAAGCGCAAAUCGCUGCCUUGUGUCUUGUCCGACUUGUAGACCCUAUCGCGUUUACCCAAAUUUUUCCAUACAUUAAUGAGUUCAUCGCCUUCCUACAUGUGACAGACGAUCCAUCGCAAAUUGGAUAUUUCAGUGGUCUGGUAGAGUCCACUUUUGCAGUCUCACAACUUCUGUUCAUUUAUCAUUGGGCUAGACUUUCAGAUAUAAUUGGACGACGCCCUGUUAUAAUGACAGGAACACUUGGCGUUGCUCUUUCUACGAUGUAUUUUGGCGUUUCGAGUUCCAUCGUCGACCUUUUGAUAAGUCGGUGUAUAGCUGGAGUCUUCGCUGGAACUGCUUCUGUAGUGCAUACGGUGUUGGGCGAAAUCACAGACUCCACGAAUCAAGCUGCGGCUUUUCCGCUAUAUGGUCUCGUCUGGCCUAUCGGUUCGAUUAUUGGGCCUCUGAUUGGCGGCUCGUUUUCAAGUCCAGCAAGCCAGUUUAGCAUUUUCAAACAGACAAUUUUCGACCGACAUCCUUACUUCCUACCAUGCUUUGUCGCGGGUCUUCUGUCAAUAGUUGGAUUUACGCUGGCGUAUUUUUGCUUAGGAGAAACUUUGUCCACAAAACGACGAUUCAGCGCAGAAAAAGAUUACGAUCACAUAUGUUGCACUUCUGAACACAACACGGACUGCCAUGACGAUAUACCGGUUUCCCCGAGCGCAAGAGAGUUGCUUUCAUUUCCUAUCAUUCGUGCCUUGAGUUUGAGUGGCUUUGCGCUCGAAGCAAACGGAACGUCAUUCGGUGUUCUAUACGUCCUCUUCUGCUACUCUCCUAUACAAAGUGGCGGUCUUGCAUUUCCUCCUUCGACAAUAGGCUACUCCUUAGCCUUCGCGGGAGUCAUUGCUGGCUCCGUGCAAGUCUUUCUUAUGCCCUUCCUUCUCAGACGUAUCGAGGCUGCAAAGAUCUAUAACCUAUCGAUAGCUGCUUGGCCAGUCACAUUUUUGUUUCUUCCCACUCUUAAUAUGAUCGCCAGAUAUGGGCUGGACGAAAGUACAGGGCAACUUGGGAGCCGUUCCCAUUCAGCUCUCUGGGUCGGAAUCGUAAUUGUGCUGGUUCUUAGUCGUGUAGGCGGAAUCGCAUAUUCUGCGAGCAUGAUUCUAAUCAGAAACAAUGUCCCGAAGCCCUCGUAUUUGGGUUCCGCUAAUGGGCUUGUCCAAUCAUCUAUGUGCUUUUCACGCUGCGUUAGCGCAGCUUUCGCUAGCUCCGUGUUCGCAUUUUCUGACAAGUACAACGUCUUGGGAGGUUACUUUUGGGCUCUAUUGCAUGCAUCAAUUGCAUUAAUCGGAUGCUCUUUGGCUCGUGAUAUCACACGAAACAGUAAAAAUAUGCUCACAGAGGCCUGAGUCAGCCACCGAAUAUUUUAGCCAGAAUAUGCAGUUGAUUGUAAAAUGACACAUAACAUGAACAUCAUGGCAGAUAUCGAUACAACUAAGUGGCAAGGCUUCACCUAAAACUGCGAUUCUUCCUACAACAC